AAAGGAAAAAGAAAAAAGAAAAAAAGGAAAAAGAAAAAAAAGAAAAUGCGGUUCAAGGACUCGCCGGUGGUGGAGCUCCCCGUGGGCGGCGCCGUCCUCUCCUUCGAGCAGGACAACUCCUCCUUCCACGUCGGCACCUCCGUCUGGCCCUGCUCCCUCGUCCUCGUGAAGUUCGUCGAGCGCUGGCUCCCCCCCCAAAACCCCCAAAACCCUAACCCUAACCCUAACCCUAACCCUAGCAAUCCCUACGCCGACCUCCUCCGCCUCGCCGGGAAGCGCGGCAUCGAGCUCGGCUCCGGCUGCGGGCCUGCGGGGCUCGGCUUCGACUUCGUCGUCGCCGCCGACGUCGUCUACCUCGCCGACUCCGCCCCCCACCUCGUCGCCGCCAUCGACGCCCUCCUCGCCCCCCGCGGCCUCCUCCUCCUCGCCUACCAGCUCCGCUCCCCCGACGCCCACCGCGCCUUCUGGGACCUCUGCGCCCGCGCCUUCCCCGUCGUCGUCAAGGUCCCCCGCGACCACCUCCACCCCGACUAUGCCUUCGACGAGGCCGACGUCUACCUCAUGCAGCGGCAGCAGACCUGAAUUGUUUGCUGUUGUUAAAAUUCAUCAUUCUAUCUCUCCCUAUAUAUAUAUAUAUGCGUGUGUGCGCAAAUAGUGUGAUCUCGAUCAAUUUAUGAUGCAUGAAUCUCCUGAAGAAGAAGAAGAAGAAGAUGAAGAAGAAUAAGAGGAUUAUAAUCCACGUCGCGCGAGGGUAUAGAUUCUCGAGUGAGUUAUGGGAUUGCGGUCAUACUUUGGAAGACCCAAAAACUUUUCCAAAAGCGGUGCUAUAAAGUAUGACAUGAAUUGAAAGGUGAAGCCUGUGUUUAUAAAGUAUUAACUGGUAUUCAUGGAUUCUAGUCUUCUAGAUACCACAAUGUAUCGUGGUUCAUGUAGAGCAUUAUAUAUUUUUUUUGAAUCAAGUCGUGCAUCAGAAUUUACAAGACUAAGGAUAGUAGAAAAGCGAACUUUGUAAGUUCAUUGAUGGCAAGUAUGGUUGAGAAAGUAGAGAGAUUCUUACGAAGAGAUGAUUGACAUAUGAUUGUGGUUUAUGUUAUGUGCCUAGCAGGCACCUUAUCUUUGUCAUGUAUACAUUUUUUUUUUUUUCUUAUUCAGAUCUGAUGGGGCUCAUUUUUGCCCACUUGUUUGUACCA